AUGGCGCCAGUGCGCAUUGCCGUUGAAGGCUGCGGCCAUGGCAGCCUAAAUGACAUUUAUGAGACUGUGGACCGCAAGGCCGCCGAGAAAGGCUGGGAGUCCGUUGAUCUGGUCAUCAUUGGCGGAGAUUUUCAGGCUCUGCGCAAUGCCAAUGAUGCAACUUGUCUUUCCGUUCCUGACAAGUUCAAACAAAUUGGUGAUUUUCACGAGUAUUACAGCGGUCACCGCGUUGCUCCCUACCUGACAUUGUUCAUCGGGGGCAAUCACGAGGCGAGCAAUCACCUAUCUGAACUCUAUUAUGGCGGUUGGGUGGCCCCCAACAUCUACUUCCUGGGCGCGGCCAACAUCAUCCGCUACGGACCUCUCCGAAUCUCUGGAAUGUCGGGAAUUUGGAAAGGUUACGACUACCGCAAGAACCACUAUGAACGAUUGCCCUACAACAGGGAUGAUGUUUCCUCAAUUUACCAUAUCCGGGAACUAGAUGUGCGCAAACUCCUCCAAGUCCGUACCCAAGUUGACAUCGGUCUCUCUCAUGAUUGGCCCAAGGGUGUCGAGAAACUCGGCGACUAUGGAACUCUGUUUCGCAAGAAGUCGGGCUUCAAAGCUGAUUCCGAAUCGGGGAAGCUCGGGAGCGUGGCUGCACGUGAGGCCCUAAAUCACUUGCGACCUGCGUAUUGGCUUUCAGCUCAUCUCCAUGUACGUUUCACUGCAAAGGUGCCCCAUAGCCCACCUCGCGCAAAGUCCAAGUCUUUGAGUCCCCCCAGCCGUCCCAUUGAUAUCACCGGUGCAAAUAACGCAAAUAACGCUGUGCCGAUGCCACGCAGCAACCUUGGCCCCAGCAUGCUUGCUAGUCACAAAUUGCUCGGAACUGCAACAGGAGACGAACAGUCUCGCAUCAAAGCGUGGAACGAGUUCGGAGACAAGGCCCGACGGGCUGAGAAGGAGCAACGAGACCAAGAAGAAUUCAUGCGGCUAGUCAGGUCGAGACAGCCGAAAGUUCUGCGCGACGUUACUUUCAAUGAGACAGUCAAGAUUGGCGACGGCCCCGUUCAAAAGUUCGUACGUGGCGCCGAUGGAGAACGGAUUGACUCUGCCCCGAUCAACCACGAGAAGGUCGAAAGCCUCGAAACCGCCAGCCAGGACAACAGCCCUGUGGACACCUCUCCCAAGGAGGUGCUUCCUCAGCAGGAAUCUUCCUUCGUUGAAGCAACCGGAGGAGUCCAGGCGACCAAUGAUGUCCCGGUCACCAAUGAUGGGGCCGACAAUACCGACAAGAUCAGUAUUUCAACUAGUCCAAGUAGCACCGCAAGCGCAAAGUCUCCUCCAAGCGCGAAGUCUCUUCCAGCCCAGAAGGAUCUUCCUAAAGCUGACAUUUCUCUGAAUUGGCAUGACGAUUCCUGGUGGGGUGACGGUACCGAUGAUCGCGUUCGUCAAGUCGAAUCUGCCCUGCCGGCUAGCCUUGGGCAGUCUCCUCUAGCCCACCCUGUCCCGAAUCGCCCUGCUCAGUACCUUCCGGCCCCCGAGAAUAUUAAGAAUCUCAUGACCAAGUUUCUGACUUUGGACAAGCCCCACAACCACGACGACUACGUGGAGCUACUGGAGAUUGAGCCAAUCUCCCAACAGGAUGAUCCCGCGGUAGAGCUUCCAAUGCGACUACAGUACGACAAGGAGUGGCUGGCCAUUCUGCGUGCAUUUGCUGAUGAGCUCGAAUUCGGCGGGAAGCCCAAUGGUCCUGGCCCUUUCCAUAAGGGCUAUGAAGUCUACCAGCAACGUAUCGCCGAGGAGGAACAAUGGGUUGAAGAGCACAUUGUCAAGGCCGGAUUGAUGAAUAUCCCCGCUGAUUUUGUCACGACUGCUCCCAUUUAUGAUCCCUCCGUUUCCAUCAACACCCAGGAGCAGCCGAAGGAGUACACAAACCCGCAGACUGCUGCCUUCUGCAACCUCAUUGGCAUUGAGAAUAAGUUUGACAUGAGCGAUGAAGAACGUCAGGCUCGCAUGGAGGCUGGCCCACGUCCAGAUGCCCCCCGUCAGAACUUCCAGGGCAACCGUGGUGGCCGCGGCGGUCGUGGCGGACGUGGUCGUGGUCGUGGUGGACGUGGUCCUGGGCGCGGUGGAUACAGUGGUCGUGGUCGGUGA